GUCACGUCCGACUCAAACUACGGCGCGCGCUAUCUUUAGUGUCACGCAGAUUGAGUUACCGAUCCGCUUGGUCGUUUCAGUCGUUAAAAACGUAAAAUGACAACAAUUCAAGACUCCUAGGAACGCUGGUGUGAAUUUUUAACCUCUUAAAGAGAAGCUGGACUUGUAUCUGCGGUAGGAUGCCAUACGUAUUAACCAUCGAAAACAUUACCUGUUUCCGUUAGCAAAACAUGUCAGUAAACAGACAAGCUAGCUGACGCUUUGCACUCAGUGAAUUUAUAACGCUAGCUUGUUAUACAAAAGUACUGGUAACGUUGUCUUUGCAGGCAAGCCUGUCUGCAUGACAUUUAAGAUAUUUAUAAUACAUUUAGGCAAAGCACAGUAACUGAAGUAGGGAAAGUUGUCUAUUUGUAACUGAUCAGAAUGGAUAUAAAAGGAAUUUCCUUGAAUAGCUAAGAGGGCUUGGGAGUCAUUUUCAGUGACUGAGUCAGUGAUAACUUGGAUGUAAAAAAAAAUCUGUUCCCUGGACCGCAGUGCACGUCUUUCAUCAUGUCCCAGACCAACACUUCUCUCUUGGACGAGGUGGUGCAGUGGAGUCAGGAAACCUGUCGCCAGGAACUCAAGUCUGUCCUGCCAAAGCUCACUAUAUCCUCUCUAAUGUUUGUUGUUUCAUCCAAGUUUCAGCGUUGUAAGCUUAUGGUUCAUAGUGUCACCUGUCUCCAUUACAACACUGGAAAAACAAAAACCCUGGAAAAAUAACCAAAAAUAACAUUAAUCCUGUAGCUGAAAUGAUAAAAUAGUCUGACAGCUGGGAUGAUCACAUACGUAUAUUGAAGAUAAUUACAGACAUGUUCCUCCCUCAUAUUGGUUUGCCAGACUUGGAGGAUGAAUGCUUCUCCAAGAUCUUACCAAAGGCUGUGACGAUGUUUGACAGCAUGAUGAAAGAAAUCAUGGAUCAAGUCGGUGGACUUUCAAGUCAAAACACUGAACUUUGUGCCUUCCUGAGGAAUAUACUGCAGGCAAUGAUGCAGAUAAUUGAUGCGCUAUCCACUUGUGUGCAUCAUAUUAGCUCAUUGGAGGAAGCCCCUGACCUGGAUUCUAUCCGCUCGCUACCAGCUUGUAUCCUAAAAAUUCUGAAAGAAACGUUUCAGCACUGCAAGGACAGUGAGGUGGUCUACUGUGGCCGUCUGUCCCUUGUGGCUGACUUGCUCCAAGGAUUAUUCAAGGAGGCCUAUUCACUUCAAAAGGGCCUUUUAGAGCUGCUGGAUAAGAUCUGCCUUGACAACAGCGCCUCAGACGAGGACGUCUCUGAUAUUGUUACAGUGAUUCAUAGUCUGCUGGAUAUCUGCUCUGUUAUCUCCAACCUGGAUGUAGCAUUGCAUGCAAACACGUGGAAGUUCCUCAUCAAAACGAGUCUGAAGUACCAGUCAUUGGUUGAGGAGCAUCUACAUCACAGUGAAAUCAGCAACAGCCUUGUUGACAACCUGCUGACAUCCUUCCACAACUGUGUGGAGCUGGCUGAACAGAUUAAACAUGCUGGCCUACAGGAGGCCACCCAAAGUCCAGAAUACAAGCUGUUCCAAAAAAGUGCAAAGAUGUGCAGAUUUUUUGCCAACACUUUGAUUCAUUACAUAAAGGAGUUCAAAUUUUUUCUAACAAAAUCUUGUAGCUGCUUCCACCAGCUCUACCUCCAGAUCACGAGUAAAUUCCCUCCCAGCUUGUGCACUCCAGAACUGCCCAUAGCUUUGUCUCAGGAGCUAAAUGCAGCAGCUCUUGUUCCCAUGGAUGCCUUCCUGCUUCAGCUGUUGCCUUUAAGACCUUUUGCUGAAGCUGUCCUCCAGCAAGACCUGCGUUUAAGUCCUGAACAUGAGCUUCCGCACUGUCUGUUGCUGGUGAGCGUCAUGGGACAGCUGGCCGGCCAACCUGAGGAGGUGCUGCAGCUUUGGUAUGCAGGGAAUCAGUUUUCAGAAGAAAAUAUCAGGCUUCCUCUCUUCCAGGCCAUCUUUACUAGUUUCCGGCGUUGCUAUACUGAGCGUAAGGUCCCAGUGCUGUUGCCUGGGGUGAUGUUGAAGGGUCAGGCACAAGUCCAAGUCACUCUGCAUCAACACAUCUGUGUGCACCUCUGUGCCAGUGUGGCUUGGCUUCCACCUGAAUACUUCCGUGUACUGGAAUGUUGCUUGGUUGACGCUGUACUUCAGGCUGAUACUCAAACAGCUGUGUUGGCAGCAGAUGUUUGGUGCUUUACAGCACGGUAUGGGACAGCAGAGCUUUGCCUACAUCAUGUCCUCCUUAUUGCUCAACUGGUGAAAGCAUGUGCCACCGAUUGUUACCAGUCAUCACAUCUGGGCACGCUGUUAAAACGCAUGGUUUUUCUUAUGACGCCGAACCAUCAGAUGGAACUGGUGUCACAUUUUCCACCCUCUGAGAUGGAAAACCUUCAAGUUUGGCACCAUGUUCUCCUCAGAGCUCUUUCUCAGGACAUCUGCCGGCAAGUAGUGACAGAAAUCACUGGUUUAACUCAAAAAGUGCUGGCUGACUGGCAGAAUGGAGGAUACAAACUGGGACAAGUCGACAAAGUGAAUGCAGUGCUGAUGUCUCUCCUAUCGGUGGUUCGAGGCCAGUCCUCUCCCGAAGAGCCGUGUGUGUUGUCUUCUGUGAGGAUGGUCACACAGCUCUGGUUACGAAUGAGUCCAGACCAGUUGCAGACCCACCCUGUGCUCCAGUGGACGCUGCAGCUUCUCUUGUCACUGUCGGCCAUUUUAGUGAAGCACAUUGAACCUCACGUGAUUUGUCAGGCUCUGGUGUGUCUGGAUGCUGUGGUUUCUCAGAAGUGUGCAGAUUGGUUCCUGCUGGCUGCUUUGGAGUUUCUCUGCUCUCUGGGGAAGAUUUUUGUCCCUCCUGACAGCCAGAGUCAAAUUCUUCCGAGGCUGAGUGGCCUGUUUGGAGUCCUUUUGGCUGACGAGUCCUGGCUGUUGCACCAGCACACCCUGGAGGCCUUUUCUCAAUUUGCAGAGAAUACAAACUACGAAGAAGUAAUCUCUCAGAGUUUGAGUGUCGAAGAAACCAAAACCAAAGUGGUUAAUUAUCUUAGCAAGACGGUGAAUGCGCAGGAAGGCAAUGAGUUACGGCUGGAGAGGCUCAAACAUGAGACACAACACAUCAAGCAACACAAUGAGAAGCUGGAGUGUAGCAAAGAAAAGCCUUUCAGCAAACCACCUUCUGAAGUUGUUCCAGACUCAGAGCCAUGCCCUAAGAGAGCUCGACAGGAGAACAGCGCAGAGCAGGAAUACAGCCGCUAUAUCCAGACAGCUGAGAGUGCUUUAAAAGCCCUUCAGGCUCUCACUGAUGGUAAAACUAACAGUAGUGCACCACCUCCACAGUGGCUGGACUCCAGACUACAGGAGCUCCAGACUCUCCUAACCCACAUCACUACAGUCAGACCCAGCAGCUCAAGAUAGAAAACACCCUGAGAUGAAAAACUUUCUGUAUGGAAAACCCACAAAGUCCCCACAACUUUUGCUGCUAUUGAAAAUGGUUUCUCUCUCUUUUUAAAAAAAUGUUAAUAUUUGUUCUUUUUUUUUAUUAAACCUGUUUCUGAAACUUGAAGCAUUUCAUUUCUUUUAGAUAUAGCGUCGAUCGUCUUUCCUGUGUAUGAAAUAUUGUACUGUAAAACAACAGUAAACACAUUUGAUACAGUAAGUUUUACUUUAUUUCACCAUCAACCCAAAAGCUACUAAUAAAUUAUGCAAUUCUGAUUUCACAUUCAUUCAAAGUGCAAGCCUUCAGUUAAUCAAACUGACUCUUUUUGGGAAGACCCAGUAUCUCCGAAACGUUUCUUUAUGCCACUAGUGAAAAUAACCCAUAAAAAAAAAAAAAAAAAAAGGGAGUAGAG